AUGAAUCCCCGCAUUCACAGUUUUGUUUUCGAGGCCGAGGUGUUGCGUGUGAUUGGAAACGUUGCGUCAUUUUGUGUGGCCAGCCAAGACUCCGCCUCCUCAACAGACGUCGACGGUAUAAAGGAGACGCCUGAGAGCAGAUCCAGCAGCACGACCACUUUGAGCUGUGCUUUUCUUUCUACUGAACCCAAACCGACAAUGUGUGGAAUCUUUGCUAUCUGCCAAUGUCCCGCUCGCACCAAGAAAUUCUUCGACGUGGAGAAGGCUAAAGAGCUCGCCUAGUGAGUUUCGAUUUGCACCUAUCGGAUUGUGAAAAGCUUGCCUGACAAUCUUUCGUCCCUUUACCCGUCUCUUCAAUUUUCAGCCGCCAAUACCACCGAGGACCAGACUUCCGAGGAUUCUACCAAGAUUCUCAGAGCGGAGAUAUUCUAGUGCACGAACGCCUGGCUAUCAUGGACCUUGGAAUCAGUCAUCCUCUCCAGGGAAGCAACGAACGCAGCCAAGUGAGACAUUUCCUUGGGGAAUCCCUUUCUCUCCUCACGUCAUUUUUAUCUUAUCUCUCUGGUUGCAGGUCAUCCACAACGGCGAGAUCUACAAUCAUCAACACUUGAGAGAUCACGAACUCAAGGGCGUCCACUUGAGGACUUCCUGUGAUUCCGAGGUAUUUCAAAAAUAUCAGAGCAGAGUUUGAUAACUCCCUCAGGUGAUCAUCUUCUUGUACGAAAAGUUCCGCGAUGGAGCUUUCUGCAACCUCCUCGAUGGAGUCUUCGCCUUUGCUCUCUGUUGCGAUGGCAAGUUCAUGACGGCUCGCGAUCCCAUUGGGGUCAAGCAAAUGUACUUUGGAGUUGACUCGGACGGCCGUUUCUUCUUCAGGUUGGUGCUCAACGACGAGAAAAUUCAUGGAAAAAACAAAUUCAGCAACGAAAUGAAGUCCAUCGAAGAUGUCUGCGGAAACACCAGAGUUUCUCCUUUCCCUCCAGGUCACUAUUACACUCCCGAAACAGGCUUCGUGAGAUAUUUUGAGGUGAAAUCCUCAGUUCAUUCCGAAUACCUUGGUUGUUUCAGCCACUUUGGUUCCAACCGAAAAACGCCAUCAAUCCUCUCGAUCUCUGCAGCCUCCACGACAAACUCGUGGCCGCUGUCCACAAAAGACUCAUGUCUGAUGCUCCUCUUGGAGUUCUUCUCUCAGGAGGACUCGACUCGAGUUUGGUCAGGUAAGACGCGUUUGUGAAGAUGGAAGUAUUAUGUGAUUUUUACAGUUCGAUCGCUGCUCGAGAAAUGAGCCGUCGUGGAUACACAAUCCAUUCGUUCUCCAUCGGUGUCGACCAAAACUCUCCAGAUGUCGUCGCCGCUCGGAAAGUGGCCGACUUCAUCGGCACCAUCCAUCACGAGUUCUACUUCAGCAUCCAGGUCCGGCUGCAGAAACUUUUCCGAAAAAAUUGCAUGUUUUCAGGAAGGAAUUCGCAACCUUCGCAAACUCAUUUGGCAUCUUGAAUCUUACGAUGUUACUUCCAUCAGAGCUUCGACACCCAUGUACUUCUUGACGGAGAAAAUCCGAGAAAUGGGGAUCAAGGUGGGAAGAAACCAAACUUCCACUCGAAUAGAAAAUGUGCUUCAGGUGGUUCUCUCCGGUGAAGGAGCCGAUGAGAUUUUCGGAGGCUACCUGUACUUCCACAACGCUCCGAACAACGAUGAGUUCCAGAAGGAAACCAUCGACCGAGUCCUCCAUCUGUACACUUCUGACUGUCUGAGGGCCGACAAGUCCUCUAUGGCCCAUUCGGUGGAAGUUCGCGUGCCUUUCCUGGACAAGGCCUUUUUGGAAGAAGCCAUACUGACCGAGCCCGCCUUCAAACGACCUCAGAUUUUGGACUGUGGUCGAAGCUGCGAGAAGUUCGCUCUCAGAAGCGCUUUCAACCAUGACGUAAAUGAAAACCUGAAGAUUGGAGUUUGUACAUGAACUUCUUCCAGGAAAAACCCCUACCUCCCAGCUGAGAUCCUCUGGAGACAAAAAGGAACAGUUUUUCGGACGGAGUCGGCUACGAUUGGAUCGACAAACUCAUGCAGCACUGCUCUGACCAAAUCUCCGACGAAGAGGUUUUUCUUUCUUUUAAACUCCAUCUUAUUUCAAAAAUUCAGUUUGCCACGGCUGCUGACCAGUUCCCCAUCAACACUCCUCACAGCAAAGAAGCCUUCUACAUGCGGAAAAUUUUCCACGAGCAUUUCCCAUCUGAGGAAGCGGCGGCUACCGUUCGCAAAUGGAUUCCCAAGUGGCAGAAAAACCAAGAUCCCUCAGGUUUAACUUUGGCAAUCGAUCUAAAUAACCAAUGCUUUCAGGACGUGCUUGCACUGUUCACCUCCAAGCUUCGCACAACAUCGGCAUGGAAAAGAUUCAGGAGCCAGCAAAAAUGAUUCAGAUGGAGAUUCAGCGACCUCAAAAAGCAUAA